AUGGAGUUGCCUCCUCCGGGAAACCGGAGGGUUUCCAUCAGUAACCCUCAAGAGGCACCCCGCAGGUUUUCCACCGCCCAAGGCACGGUGCCCUCCCGCUGGUCUAUGGCCUCCGCUGGCUCCACGAAGCACCACGCCUUGCCUGAUGCCCGCAAGUCUUCCAUCCCGAGCAGUGUGCCAGGCGGGUCCACGCUGCCGAGCUCCAUCCCCCAGAAGAGCGCCCUCCUCCCUCCGGAUGCCGCCGGGCAGCGCAGAGGGUCCACCGUCUCCUCCGUGCACUAUGCCGACGAACAAGGCAAGCAACUGGCCACGGACAAAGAGAAGGACACGGAGAAGAAGGGCAAGAGCAAGGGCAAGAGCAAGAACAAGGGCGCAGGACUGCUGAACAUGCUAAGAAAAACUCUUCAAGGGUCUCAGAGUGAAGAAAUGAUAGUAACAAAUGAGACACCAACGUUGAUACCGUUUGGAGAUGUGGUCGGCUGCCUGGCUGUUCACAUAAAGAGUUGUAGACAGUUUUCCCACAGAUUCAUUGUACAACAGCAUGUUAAUCUGUUCGUUCGUAUCUCUAUAAACCACGUCACGAAAUGCACGAAACUCCGGAACUUGAAAGCCGCCAACAACGAAAAGAACUUUCUACUCAGGUUUGACGAAGUGAAGUAUUUUUCUGUACAGGUUCCCAGGCGUCAAGAUGAUGACCGGAAUAAUAUCUUUUUGGAGCUAAUGCAGGACGGAGGAAGUACAGAAAGACCCCCCCUUUCCUUGGGCAGCGUUGAAGCACAUCUUUACGAAAUAAUACAGAAAGGCUGCUUUACUGAAGUCCUGCAGAUGAAGCACAGAAACUCGUUUAUCUGCAUGGUGGAGGUGGAAUUCAUGUUUUCCUACGGAAGCUUUGGUUAUGGAUUUUCACAUCAGUUAAAACCUCUUCAAAAAAUCAUCGAGCCAUCCAUGUUUAUGAAGAUCGCCCCUCCCCCAGAAAGGACAGACCCUGUCACAAAUGUUAUUACCCCACAACGAGUCGAAUACCCAGCAUUCUUAUCCCCAGAACUUAACGUUUCCGUCGGGGUUGCCGAGAGCAGCCAUCCGAACGCCGCCGUGCGACUUGAAAAACUCCAAGAGAAACCCCGGGAAAGGUUGGAAAAAAUGAAAGAGGAAUAUAAAAAUCUAAACACAUGGAUGGAAAAAUCUGAGUAUUUAAGAAACCUUAUUACUCCAAAAGUGGCUUCCAAAGUUUCAGAGGAACCUAGUUUGAAUGAACUAUCUGAAGUAAAUUCUAGUCUGUUGGAAGAAAUGUAUGGAACUUUAACACAUGAUUUCCAUCACAGAAAAUCUGAACAUAUUUCACAUGAGUUUGUGGACAAGGGGGAGAAGGAAGGCCGGGUAAUACCAGUUGUGAAACUGGUGGACCAAGAUUUCUCAGAGCAUGCUCUGCCUAAAAGUGGGGAAUCCACACCGGGAGACAUCCCGCUGCCCCCUAUCCACACCCUGCGGAUAAUUGAGGAGGAUGAGACACCACGCUCACAAGCAGCUUCCGAGUGGGAAGACAACCUCUACGAAGAGAGGAAAAGUGUAGUGUUGCCACCGGAUGAAAGUCUAAUCCCCAAACGUCCCAGCAUUUUAAGAGUAGCCUCAUCUCUGCAGGAGGUAAAGUCGAGUUUACCCAUAAACCCGGAGAGCGUGAGGAGGAGGAGGAGUUUAGGCGUCUUUCCAAAAGAAUGA